GGUCCAACUUCCGGGGCAUAGUUUAUUGCGAGAUCAAGGGAGCUGAAAGGCACACGAAUGACACUAGUGAGACUUUGAUGGAUGGGAAACUGGGAUCACGAGAUACAUCAUCCCACAAGUACGGCCGCUGGGACUGCAACAAAUCCGUUCUUACACUCGAAUAGGCACGUCUGGGCUCCAAUUGUUCAAACAACAGAAUUCGAAUCAAAACCAGGGUCCAGUACUAGGAAUAUGCCACUAGUGGUGUCCGGGGAUAUGGUGAACACACAUAUUCAAGCGGGCAUGUCUGAUGCGUUGAUGAACAGGAGAAUCAUCCGGGGCUACAUGGAUCCGCGGGCUUCUCACGCCCUCUCCAAGAGCCCAAACACGGACGGAUAUCAUACGGACCGAGGGCAAUCAUUGGUGCGCGAUCAGGAGCUGUGCGCAACUCCACAUGCUGAGCGGCGAUUUUUGGGGAAUUAUUCGAUGCUCCCUCGGCACCGAUGGCCCAGAGAUUUGGUUACAGACAGAGACUACGUAGCUUACUUUUUAUUAUAUGUGUGGCGACGAAGACGGCAGGGAAAAGUGAUAUGCUGUAUGAGAGAUAAUGAUCUAAAAAGGAAACAAGCGUUUUUGAUUGCCCUGAUGCGAUGAAUUACUAAUAUACGAUCCAAUGUAGGGUGGACAGCGCUCUCCAGCUGCGGACAACUCCU